GCCAGUCUCUAGUUAAGCAAUGAGGGAGUGUGGUAUAUGACAAAUAUACCACGGCUAAGGGCUGUUCUUAGUUGAUUUAUUUCACCUUUAUUUAACCAGGUAGGCCAGUUGAGAAUAAGUUCUCAUUUACAACUGCGACCUGGCCAAGAUAAAGCAAAGCAGUGAGAUACAAACAGCAACAGAGUUACACAUGGACUAAUCAAAUGUACAGUCAAUAAUACAACAGAAAAAAUCUAUAUCCAGUGUGUGAAAAUGAGGUAAGAUUAAGGAAGCAAGGCAAUAAAUAGGCCGUAGUGUUGAAGUAAUUACAAUUGAGCAAUUAACACUAGAGUGAUAUACCAUGGCUGUCAGCCAAUCAGCAUCCAGGAGCCAAACUACCCAGUUUAUAAUGAAGAACCGAGGAGGUGAGGUAUAUAGAAUAAGGGCUGUUCUUAGGCACGAAGCAAAGACGCAGGAGAAACCCACAGUCUCCCGUGUCCACAGCGGUCACGCAUGUGGAGAGCGUCGAGCUGGUCCUGCCUCUACACGCUAAUCACCACGGCAACACCUCCGGACGACAAAUCAUGGCUUGGAUGGAGAACGCAGCCACAGUGGCAGCCAGGUACCCUCUAACAGGGUUCUAUGGCUGUCCCCAUAGGAUAGCCCGUUUUGGUUCCAUGUAGAACCCAUAAAAGGUUUCUCCUAUGGCAGGGGAAGGCAACCCUGUUCCUGGAGUACUGCAGGUACUGCAGGAUUUUUGUUCCAACUAGUCACCACACCAGAUCGAGCUAAUUGAUCAGUUGAGUGAUUGCCUAAAUUCAACACACCCGGUCUCCCAGGUUGGUUAAAUCAAAAAACACUGCGUCACUCCAGGACCAGGGUUGCCUACCCCUGUCCUGUGGGGACAGCCGAAGAUCCCUUUUGGAACCCUUUUUUGUCUAAGAGGUACACACGCACACCCUACUAACCCUCUCUCUCUCUCUCCAGUCGUUUGUGUGACCGCUUCCCUUCUGGGGGCUGUAGACAUGUUCCGCUUCAGAGGGCCCUUCUCUGUAGGAGACAGACUGGUCUUUAAGGCUGUGGUCAACAACACAUUUAACAACAGGUAACAUGUCUCGUCAUAUGAAUUCCCGGUCAGAUAAUGGGAUCCUGUGGAAAUGUAAUUGGCACAGUAUUUAAAUGCGUGUGUGUAGUAUUGAGGUAGGCGUCCUGAGUGGAGGCCUGUAACUGUGAGGAGUGGACCGCGAACAAAGCGCGUCACAUCAACAGCGCCUCCCUCAUCUACCAGCUGGCUAACACACCUGGAGACGUACCUGCCUGUCCCUCAAGUCACAUACACCAACAAGGACUGGGAGAGGAGAUACCUGCCUGCCAUCGUAAGGAAGAUAAUUAUUGAUGGCUAGAAAGCGCACCCUGUCCGGUGAGGAGGCUCUUAUCUCCGUCCCCUGGGAUAAAAGGAACCAGGUGUAUCUGGGUUUUAACAAUGUAGCAGCUCUGACUGUACUGACUGGGAAAACAAGACUGGGGAAGCCAGCAGCAUCAAUGACAGGAUCGGUGUGUUUGUCCAUGAGGAGGAGCUGCUUUGUGUCCCAAGUUCAGAAGGUCAUGACCUCUGCCCUCCAUGCCUUCACCCUAUUGGCUGACCUCACACUGCGACCUCUUUGGGGGACACUAUCUCUGUGAGGAGGUAGAGGGGGCCGAUGAGGAGGAGACGGUGUACCACAUUAAAUGCCCCCCCCCCCACCCAAUCAACGGAGGCAAGGGCCGGGACUUCGUGUUCCCGUUGUCAAAGAGACAGCCCUGCAACGACAAGGACCCCUAAUGUGCUAGGCCUGAGGUCUGUAACCGUGGAAACAUCUCCCCCCCCGACCUCGCCUUCUGGACGAUAACGGGGUGAACAGGCAGUGGCUCGGGUGGUUGUUGUCCUUGACGAUCGUGAGCCCUCACAAUUCAGAGACAAUGUGUUAAAACCAUGUGUUCCAGGUGUGUUACCACAACCAGGUGACGUCAGGCGUGUUGCCGCAUGUAGCAUGUAACCUGGCAGGCUGGUCUAAGUGUAUGGAGGAGACGGCUAGCACACGUACCACCUUCCUGGAGAGAGACACCACACACACUGAACCGGAGUCUGAUGGUUGAAUUGAUACUAUAUGGAGACUCAUGAUUCUAACGAGACAAAACACGUCUCUAGUCGAGCGGCUGCUAAUACAGGUGUCCAAUUUACAACGGACGGUGUUUCCGAAUUACCCAAAAUGUCUUGGUCACAGCAAAUGUAGGUCAUGUAUG